CUUCCACCAGUGUUGCAUUGUGGGUAUUAAACUAUGCAAUGGCGACAAUGUGAAAGUCACUAGUUUGUCUUCCGGAUUUUUAUUUUGGCCGGAUUUUUGCGAGUCUGUUUUUUAUUUCGUUUGGAAAAUUGUAUUUGGGGAACAAAAUGGGGAAGGAUCAAGAUCUUUUGGAUGCUGCCAGGACGGGGAACAUGGUGACCAUCCAGAAAAUACUGUCGGCUCGACCGAAAAAUGCGCUGUCGCAGGCGAUAGCCAUUGGUUUCAGACGAAGUGUGGCUCCAAACUGCCAAGACAGUUCUGGGUAUACACCACUGCACCACGCUGUGCUGAACAAUCACAAACAUGCCGUGGAUCUCCUGUUGAAGCACGAUGCCUCGCCAGGUAUACCAGAUGCCAAAGGCAGCACGCCGUUCCACCUGGCUGCCUGGACGGGAGCUGCUGAGGUCAUCCGAGUCCUCAUGUCUCAUGCCAGGUCCUACAGCUACAUCAACGAACAGAACAAUGACUGGGAUUCGCCCUUACACUUUGCAGCACAGUAUGGCCACACUGAUGUUGUCAAGUUGUUGCUGGAGAAUGGAGCUGACCCCACCAUCGUCAACAAGAAAGAAGAGACGCCCUUGGACCUGGCUGCCCAGUACGGCCGGCUGGAGACAGUGGAGCUCCUGCUCAGGAGACGGCCAGAGCUUCUCAAUCGGAUCCAAGAGCACCGUUCCAUCCUCCACCUAGCGGCCAGAAACGGUCAUCCUCAGGUCAUCAAAGCUCUCCUGGAAGCUGGCUGCGACAUCAAUAAGAAGCUCAAGACCGGUUCAGCAUUACACGAGGCGGCGCUGUUUGGCAAAGCGGAAGCAGUGCGCGUUCUCCUCGAACACGACCCACCUAUCAACUACCGCAUCAAGGACAUGGCCAAUGAGACCGCGCUACAGAAAGUAGAAGGGUACCCGUCCAAGGUGGCUAUUGAGAUCGCCGCCAUGAUCAAAGCUCACAUAAAAGGCAGUCCACUACCUCCCUCCUCCUCAACUCCCGGCCCCCUCCGCCGCGUCAAAGACCUCAUCGACCCUGAACAGCGGUCCACGUACGACAACGUGCCACCGGCCACGCCCCCUUCCCCAGUUGCGGUAGCCGCAGUCACGCGCCAUUCGGCCUACACUCCUCCGAUGGUCAAAAAGCCCACGCGGCCGUUUCGGCCCACGGCCGGCGCCGCGGUCAACCGCAGCACCAACUACAUGAACCUGGAAAUCCCACUGAAGGUCCCGCCUAAGAAGCCCUCUCGGUCCUCCAUCGGGGUGCUUCUGGACAAGGUGGACUUGUCCUCUUCGCCCAGGGCCGAAUCGCCGUUGGUAAACGCCAGUACUUCCAUGUGUGAACUGUCGUCUGCUCCGUCCGGUGGCAGCAGUCCGGUGUCACAGCCAAAGAGCUCAGAUUCUGAGAAGUCGCCUCCACCGCUUCCAGACCGCAACUACUACGACGAAGAGGUGGCGGGGGAGUACACCCAACUCCGCAUUAACGCAACCAAAACCGCCGUCAGUGCCUCCCACUCAGUGCCUGUCAAGACAACCGCCUCCUUCAAGUGCCCCACCCCUCCUAGCUUCGUACCCCAGGAGAAGCCAGUACAGCUGAGAGCUGUUUCUAGUAAACACAGGCAUGUCUAUGCGCCCGACCAAACUGACGGUGACCCUGUUAUCUCUUCCAAGGAGGACGUCAACGAACUCCGGAGGAGUCUACUCAUGGAUGCCGCUUUCUGUGGCCCCGCCCCUGGUCCCUCCACUGGCCCCGCCCCUGGCCCCGCCCCUAGCCUCCCACCUUGCCCUGUUCCUGGCCCUGCCCCUGGCCAUACCCCUGGCUCCACCCCUGGCCCCACCCCUGGCCGCACCCCUGGCCACACCCCUGGCCGCACCCCUGGCCACACCCCUGGCCCCACCUACUCUUCCUCUGAGACAGAGAGCUUCUAUGAGGAUCUGUCUGAGGCUUACAGUGGUGACGUCGCUGCUCAGCAGCUGCAAGAGUUGGCUGUUCUCAAGCAGCACCUGCAAAUCCCAAUGCAUAACAGCAGUACCAUGGGUUCGUCAACCGGCAGUGACCAGGACUCGGAUGUGUAUGAGCUGCUCUCCGACGCCACGACGGGGCAGCAUGAGAAUUACGACGUCCCCCCUCCCUUGAGGCUAGCACUGUCCUCUGUAGGCUCCGCCCUCGAAGACCUAUCUCCAACAAAGGGGAGUGAGCCCAUCCCCCCACCCCGCCGUUCUAAACACCGAGGCACCUCCCCCCGGAGCGUCACCCCUACCCUCCCUGUGGCCAUCACCAGCCUCAACAACGGUGACCUGCCGUUGUCGGCCAGCAACUCAUGCUACUCAGAGUCACGGAGUUCAGGCACCGAGGACUCGGACAUGCCGUCUUCCCCGGGCAGUUACUACUCGCAGCCACCCACCCCGGACCAUCCCCCGCCCUCCCCCCACACCGCCAUGAUGGGCAUUCAGGCCAAACUGUCCCCACAGUCCUUUCCGCACAGUAACUUCCUUGGGGCGAAAGAGCCGUCAAAUCAAGCAUGGAUGUCGUCGCAGAGCGGAUCAUCAGCGGAGAACAGAUCAGCCUUCCAGCCUGUUAGGAUCGCAGACCCGCAGGAGCGUUCAGAACAGACGAAUCGUUUCCCCGAGACGCGGCAAUAUUUUACCCCCGAGAGCUCCGUCGUCCACAGCGCAGGGACCACUUACUCCGGCUCCAACUCGCGGGAUCACAGCGAAGCCAGGCAACGGAGCCGGCCGGAAAAGCCCUCCCGUUUCGGAUUCCCGCCCACGUCUCAAUUUCAACCCACCGACGAUCAUCACCCACCGGGACCUGUGGAUCCGCAACAAAGAGACUCCAUUAGCGGGGGACCGGUGAACGGAAGCCAUUCGCUCACCCAGUCUAGUGUGGACUCGGAGGGUUACCAGGCAAACGAUGAGUAUCUGAGUGUCACGGAUACCAGCAGUAGUGGGGACACCGAGUUACUGAGACGAGACGACGAAGAUCCGUUUGCGGGUAAGUUCCAAAAUUAAUACUUCCCCCAAAUCAAUAGGAAUCUGUAGGAAGCCUGAAUCUUAAAAAAUCCAACUUUGCAGAAAACUAAAUGAAAUUCUACAUUAUAAAGCAUUACUGAGACAGAGAGAAAA